AUGAGUGCGGCAUUCAACGCUCAGCAGCUGCUAGGAUUACAGGUUUCCGUGUCAGUUACAUCGUCAUUGUCUCUCCUCAGUUCUCUGGCAGUUAUAUUUAUCGUCUUCUCAAGGCAUAAUCAUGAUCCGAACAAGUUGCCGGGCUUCUUAUCUAUCGCGGAUAUGUGCUUGAGUCUGUUUACGUGUGUGGGGAGAGGACUGGUAUCUGAACCUGACAGUCUUGGAUGCCAUAUUCAAGCCUGGGGGAUCCAAGUGUUCUUUAUCGCAACAAUGUUAUGGAACACUGCCAUGUCAUUCAACGUCUUGCUUUGUCUCGCAUUCAAAUGGAGUGUUGAUGAUUUACCUAAAUUGAGUCCGUACUAUCAUGCUAUAAUAUGGGGUUCAACGAUAACUAUGAGUACUGUGUUGGCUGCUACAAACAAAUUCGGCGACGCAAUACUAUGGUGCUGGCUACCCGGCUCCGAAACAGCACUACGAAUGGGUCUAUUCUAUGGAAUUGUGUGGGUGUGCGGAUUCUUCAAUCUGAUAGUAUACGUCUUUAUCGGAUAUGAAUUGUGGAAGGCACAGCGGCAGCUCAAGAACGUAUUGUCAUCGUCGUCGGACUUGUCUGCAUCAAAAGUAACGAGGCAGAGUGAUCCGGUACUGAAAUAUGCCAGAAGAGCCAGUCUAUUUAUUCUAGCUUAUUUCUUUGUUUGGAUGCCUGCUAGUGUUAAUCGAGUCCAAAACAGUAUACCAGGGUCACAACCACUAUAUCCUCUCUUUGUCAUACAAGCAAUAACAGAACCGCUGCAAGGAUUCACGACCUUCCUUAUCUACUUUUGGAGAGUCCUAGCUGCUAGACGCCGAUACGCACAGACAGAUACCAUGUAUCCUGACGAGUUUCCAAUAACGACGUCAGAGGACCUUGUCGCACUACGGCCGUUUGACACGCUUACGAACAAUAGCCAGCAGCAACUACAGCAACAGCAAAUGCCACUUAAUAAUAGUAAUGGUCUGAUGUCGACACCGUCGUAUCAGAUAUCUGUAAAUAGUCUGAAGCCCAUCAAGAUAUUUGAUGAGCAAUUGUAA